AUGCGCAAGGGCCCCUUGGUUGGUGGUGCAGACUUCUUUGAUGCCGCAAAACUGGCCAAGCUGAGGGAUGCGCACGCAAAGGCGCUGCGGGAACGUGCACCAACAGCGGCGUCCAUGAUGAAGAUGGCCACGAUCAUGGCCACGAUGGAGCGGCAGGACCGCGCUCGCUCGCGUGCUGCGCACACAACGGCACACGGACGCACAGCACCAUCUCAGGUGCCGACUGCCUCAACAGGGGAGAAUUUGGUGGGAAACAGGAGCUCGCCAGCACCGUCGUCCCCACCGCCGCUGAGAGAACAGCGCAGCAGUGGCGGACGCGAGAGUGGCAUGAGCAGUGGUGUGGCGUCUCCGUCCGAAGACAGGGCGGCUCGCACAGGGACGCAGGUCAAUGUAGACAACAGGAGUGGUUGCGGUGAGGGCGACCGCAGCUCAUCGCCAGGUACCGCUGUUUCCGCGCCCAGCACCGCAUUGACCACCGCAACCACCACUCGCGCCAACUCACGAUCAUCCAUCUCCAUGGCAUCAUCGUCAUCAUCGCCGCCACCGUUGCCAUCGUCAGCAUCGUCAUCGUCGGUGUUGUCGACCUCGUCGACUGUUCGCGAGAUGACGCGAGAAGAGCUCUUCCGCUUCAUUGACCGCCGCACAAGCAGGCGCCUCGCUACCAAACAAGACGGCAACCUUCGCAACACAUGA